GCAGUCAGCGAACGCAGGAAGCUGAACUUUCGAGACCUAUGUCCGUGCCUUGCCUCAAAUUGUACGCGCGCCUUCCUCGGAAGGCUGCUACGAGGAAAACUGAGUUUUCUGAAGCAGAGGCGACCCAAUUAGCUAAACGACGAAUUCAGUGCAAUCCAAGUUGACACCAUCCAACUCCGGAGUCGUUCGUUAAUGCAUUUCUUUCCGGGCUCUUUGUUAAUCGUAUCUAAGUAACUAGGGGAGAUCCAUUGUGCGCGAAAGUGCAGGGACGGCUUACAUAUUUUCUUUUGUGAUCUCUGCCGAUAUCAAUGAAACUAUUAUAUUACACUCGAAUAUAUUUACUCUGCGUAGGGGCUUGAUGUUGCGAGAGUGGCUCGAUUUGUUAUCUCGUAGCUUUCACGUUUUUGUGCAUUCCAGUUUCACGUCAUCUGUCGCUGUUCGCGUUCGACACGUCCAGGUCCCUCAGGCCAUCUUUAGGCUUUUUCCUUUUCAUCGAUAAUCAAUUAGGUCCAUCUGGUGCACGUUAAUUCGUUUGCAAGCGUGACGCGUUUGGUUGUUAUUAUAUGCUUCGCUCAUGGUUUGACUAUAUUUGUCAGCGCCAUCUGUCAAUAUUCCCGUGGAUUUUCGCGGAGGCUACACCAUUGACAUGUACGGCUUGCUUUUGGAGAAUUUUCGCAGUGUUGUAUUGGAAAAAUAUGGCGAAUCAGUUUGGAACAAAAUUGUGGAGAAGUCUGGUACACGGCAUCAUACAUUUGCCACUCACAAGGUAUAUUCUGAGGAUAUCAUGACACGUCUUGUGCAAGCAGCUCUGGAAGUAACGAAUGCUAGCAGAGAGGAAGUCACUGAGAAAGUCGGCCUUCAUUUUCUCGGAUUCAUAGGCCAGUAUGGUUACGACAGGAUUUUGAAAGUCCUCGGCCGGCAUAUGAGAGAUUUCCUGAAUGGUCUGGAUAAUCUUCACGAGUACUUACGGUUCACUUACCCGAAGCUAAAAGCGCCAUCGUUUUUCUGUGAAAAUGAGACAGAAAGUGGCCUCACAUUGCAUUAUCGAUCCUCAAGAAAGGGGUUCCUUUAUUACGUGAUUGGCCAGAUUAAAGCAGUCGGUCAGUUCUUCUACCACAUUGAAGUGGACGUCGAAGUGUUGGAGUACAAUGAAAACAAAGAAGGCAGUUACGCCUUGUUCCAACUCACAUUCGACAACAGUGUUUAUAUGGAAACACGUCGACGGCCUAAACGCCAUUCAGUCAUUUCCCUCAACGGCGACACGGGCAGCUUGAAGAUACCGAUGGAAAUUUUCUACGAGGUUUUUCCAUUUCACAUUGUUUUUGAUCGAGACAUGACAAUUUCUAGCACUGGAAAUAGCUUGGAAGCAAUAUUGCCCUCUCUUCCUGGAAAAACAAUUGUCUCACAGUUCACAAUCAUUCGGCCGUUCGUCCAGUUCACAUGGGAAAACGUCACAUUACAUACAAAUGUGGUGUUUGAAUUGCAGUCCAUUGAGCCUGUGUUACAGAACAAUACUGCUCUGUUGGGGAAUGGUACAAAUGGAGAAAUAGUAAAUGGAACAGAUAAAGAUCUCCCCAAUGAAUUAUGCUGCAUCCAUCUUAAGGGACAGAUGUUGUAUAUGGAAGACUGGCAAUCUAUGGUAUACCUUGCUACUCCAAUCAUUGAAAAGUUGGAUGUGAUGUGUUCCCUUGGAUUGUAUAUCAAUGACCUGAGUAUGCAUGACUCGAGCAGGGACCUUGUGCUUGCUGGAACACAACAGUCAGCAGAACUCAGGCUGGCUCUUGAUCAGGAAUUGAUCAAAAGUGCCAAGCUCGAGGAGAGCAUGAAGGAACUGGACAUUGAGAAGAGGCGCACUGACUCACUGCUCUAUCAAAUGAUCCCCAGAACAGUUGCAGAUCGCCUCAGGCAGGGUGAACCAGCUCUGAAUACUUGUGAGAUGUUCCAUGGUGUGUCUGUUCUGUUCAGUGAUGUGGUUGGAUUUACACACAUCUGUUCAUUAAUCAGCCCUAUGGAAGUAGUGACCAUGUUGAACAAUAUGUACACUGUGUUUGACCAGAUCAGCGAGCAGCAUAAUGUCUACAAAGUGGAGACAAUUGGUGAUGCAUACAUGGUGGUGAGUGGUGUCCCCGAAAGGAGUAUGUAUCAUGCAGAACACGUCGCAGACCUUGCACUGGAUAUGAUAGCUGCCAUGCCAACACUCUGUGAUCCAUCAAAAUCAAGUGAACACCUUAAGAUAAGGAUAGGUGUUCACACUGGUAUGGUUGUAGCAGGUGUUGUUGGUUUGAAAAUGCCACGGUAUUGUUUGUUUGGUGACACUGUCAACACUGCCUCUAGGAUGGAGUCUACAGGAUUGGCAAUGAAGAUUCACAUCAGUGAGACAACUCACAGUUGUUUACAGGCUGCUAACUAUCUCAUGAAGCAAAGAGGAAGUAUCGAUAUCAAGGGAAAGGGAGGAAUGAAGACUUUCUGGCUUGUUGGUAAGAAAGAAGGAGCAGAAGCAGUCCAGUCAUAUAUGUCCAUGGUAGGAGGCCACACUACUGCAAUUGGUGGACACAACCUGCAGGGUGAAAUGUCUGAUGCUACCAUGGAGAGUCACACUUUGAAGCCCAGAGUUGAUUCUGUGCCUGAAGAGGAGAAAGUCAUUGGAACUGAAGAUGAUGUUAUCAUACCACAGAAAGACAGCCCAGUUGCCUACUAUGGUCAUGUUCCUCAUACGCCCCAUAACUCUAACAAUGGAGUGUACUUCCAAUGGGAGAAGGUCAAUGUUAAACAAGAUACUUUAAUAGAAGUAGAUGAUCCUCCUGUGGAAGAGAAACGAAACAAAUCAGACAUGAAAAAUGGACCAAAUACCCAGGAGGAAGCAAAGGCUACCAAUUCUACACUAACUACCAUGUGCAGUCUUUUCUAAAUUAUCACUGGUUGGUAACUAAUUUAACGAGUAUACUAAGUAAUUUAAUUGGUGCUCACAGUACAUUAGUUGGAAUCAUAUGUUGCAACAUGCAAAAGUACUUCUAACAUGAAGAAAACCAUGAAACACUUCUUUCUUUUCAUGUCAGAAUAGAUCAAAAGGGAAUAUGGGUGUCUAAGCUUAAGGAUCUGAAAGUUUGGCAUGAAUUGGAAAUGAAUGGCUUGAAAACUCAAAGCAGCUUGAAUUUUCAAGACAGAAACUGUGGUAUGGCGCCCAGAAAGUUUGAUCUCUUUUGUACACUAAUUAACAAUUAUUCCACGAGCGCGCGUUGGAUAUGAGAUGAUAGAUAGCCAACGAGGCGCUACAUGCCUCG